AUGCCAAAUCAUGUGGCGAUUAUAUUGGAUGGAAAUAGGCGUUGGGCGAAGAAACGAGGACUCGGGGCAUUGGAUGGUCACGAAUCUGGAGGGAGAAGAGUCAUAGAGCUCGCUAUGGACUUUUUCGCUACGGGGAUAAACAUUGUCUCACUCUUUGCUUUCUCCACUGAAAAUUGGGGAAGACCUGAGGAUGAAGUUAACUACUUGAUGGCCAUGUUUGAGAAAAACUUCAAGGCGGAGAUAUCUUCCUUCCAAAGAUAUAAAGUCAAGAUCUCGGUCAUCGGGAGCCGGGUGAAUAUCCCCGAGUCGCUUCUACAUUCGAUACAAGAGGCUGAAGAAGCUACAAAGAGCUACACAGAGAGGCAACUCCUUAUGGCGAUAGACUAUAGUGGAAGGUUUGAUAUCUUACAAGCCUGCAAAAGUCUUGCUGAGAAGGCAAAAAACGGGGUGAUUCAAGUGGAGGACAUCAACGAAAAGAUAAUGGAGAAAGAGUUAAUGACAAACUGUAGUGAGUUUCCAAACCCUGACCUAUUAAUCAGAACGAGUGGAGAGCAAAGGAUCAGUAACUUCUUCCUGUGGCAAUCAGCUUACACUGAGCUUUACUUUCCUAAUGUUCUAUGGCCCGACUACGACAAGGCUGAGUAUAUGAAGGCCUUGACUUGGUAUCAGCAGAGGAACAGGCGAUUCGGUCGAAGAGUGUAA